AUGAAGCUCUCGCCCCUGCUUAUCAUUCGUUUGCAGGUCGACCGCGACUCCGCCGAGCAGCGCCAAGUGGUCGCCGGAAUUCCGGACACCAAUGAUCCUUGCUAUCGCCGUUAUGCGAACUGUAUUAUUGUGAAUGCACAACCAUAUGAGAGGAGAUCGUCAAUCUCCCUGGUUCGGUGUAAAUCACAUUGUUUGAACAGCCAGACCGGCGUCUACAGUUGCCGCUCAUUUAUUUAUGAUAACAUUAAUCAGGUAUGUGACUUAUUCUCUCAUGUCGGCGAUCAGCCACCAGCACGUCUGCUGAAAUUCCAAACCCGCGAUUACUUCGAGCCCACUCAUGUCGUUCAGUCCUGCCCCAGGUCUUCACCACCACAGGUAGUCGCAGCCCUUGUGGAUCAAAGGGAGAUUGGCCACCAUAUACACACUAUUUACUUAGCAAUAUACAUAAGUGAUACUGUAAGGGUUUUUUUCUCCAGUUUUCUGCGCACUGAAGGUUUCGAAUUAUACAAGAACGACGACAUCACGAUGCAGGUAUCGGAUGUCAGUGAAUGCAUCUCCGCUUGUCAAAGGAAUAAUAUUUCUGGGCAUGCGUUAGAUUGCCGAUCAUUCGACUUCGUGCGACCGAACUGCUCAUUCUCGUCAGAGACGGCUGUUCCAGUUGGAAAUGGUCAACUUCAACAACGUACGGACGCCUUCUACUACGAGAAAAUAUGCGUGACUGACGAUCCAGAAAGGCUCUGUUCGUCAUCGUUUCCACGAUUUCCACAAAUGAUUUUGGUCGGAUUUGCCGAGACUGUCACCGAUGCCAGUUCAUUUGAGAUCUGCUUCGAGCACUGCUUUGACAGCCAAAAAAUGUUUGGCUUCAAUUGUACCAGCGGAAUGUAUUUUUUCGAGGAGAGUCAAUUAAACUGCAUCCUGAAUUCUGAGGACCGUCACACACAGAAAAACCUGUUUACCGAGGAAAACACGGACAUUGUGGACUACUUCGAAAUCGGCUGCGACGAACCACGAGUACAGGAACGACUACAUGCCGCUAAAAUAUUCGGCACUCGUGAAAAGGUGGUGGUUUCCUCGGAGACCCAAAUCAAAUGGUCGAAGUGUGCAGAUGGCAUGCAGCAUCGACGGAGAGACUGUGACAGUCGUGUAUAUUGUGGUAUGGAGAGCAGACCUUGUGAUGAAGAAAAAGAAACGGUGACGAUGCAGAACCAAACCGUUGUUGCUUCAGGUAAAUCACAAUCUACUAUAGAACACCUCGAUUUAGACAAUCUGCCUUGGCCCGAAGAGAUAGCACGAGUGAAAGCCACCGUUGCUGCGAACGGACUACGGUGUCCGCAGGACGUGUGCUGCACGGUGUUCAAGAGAUCUUCAGUCGGUCUCAGAUUUAACACGAAAACCAAACGCCUAGAAUGGUGUGAGAAACCAAGCGUCGGGUGGUCGUGUUAG